AUGUCCUCACGGUGGAUGCGGCUUUGGCCCAUGGGCUCUCAACCGGGUGCGCCCAGUGGAUCAGUGGCCAUCGUGGACCUUCCUUGCCAUGACUCCACCGUGUGUUUGUCUCGCUGCUGGAACUCGCACGCGAUGAGGCAAGUGGAUUUGCGGGUCACGCUCAUCUCACCCGAGAGGCUCAACACCACCAAAGUCUUUGAUUUCGAGCAGGAGACCAAUGGCUCGGUGAAGUUCCGCCCAGCCGAGCCCGUGGAGGUGGAGCUCGAAGUGGUGAAGACACUCCGCCUCGAGGUUUGGGACGUGGCGCUGCGGCGAAUCAUCGCCGUGGCAGAGAUGGAGACCAAGGACUUGGAGAAGAGGAGGCACUGGCGCCUGCUGUUACAAGAUCCUCUGACCUCUGAGGCGGUCUAUGGAACUGCUCCUCGAGGGCCAGAUUCCUUGGACAGGACCUUGAGGCCUUUGAACAGGAGGCCGAGCUUCCUUCAUCUCCUCAUCCAGGUUUCGGAACCUGGAUCCUUUGUGCAAGAGACACCUUCCAGCGCCUCGACGCCCUCCACGGCAAGCCGCUCAGAGGUCUUCCGCAGUUCAUUGGGUUCCCUCCCCCCUGGCGCCAAAGAAAGCACCGGACGGAAGAAGGUGAUGCUGAUCACCCGAGGAACCCGUGGAGAUGUCCAGCCCUUCGUGGCCUUGGCACGAGGUCUGAUCCUAUACCAUGACUGCGACGUGAUCUUUGUGACUGAGAUCUCCUGGCGGAAUUUCGCCAUGGAUGCACUCAAGGAUCUGCCGGAGGACCGGGUCCGGUUUCGGCCCUGUGGCGGCGACACGGCCCAGCGCGUGAACACGGACCUCUCGCGGAACUUCCUGAGCUUUGGCCAGAACUCCGUGGCCAUCCAAGCGCUGGUCUUCUCCCGGUCGGAGGUGGAGUUCUUUGAGUCGGAAGGAUGUUUCUACCACUGGGCCUGGGAGGAGAAACCUGACUUCAUCGUUUUCGGCUUCCUGCUGAUUCAUGUGGCCAUGAUCAUCUCCGAGGCCGAAGCCAAGCACCGGCACGAGGCCUUGACGAUCCCUGUGGUGGGCUUCAUUUUUCAGCCUCACCGGGAGAUCGAACCCUUCCUGGCCGGGUCGGAAGCCAAGGUCAUCAACAAGUGUAAGGAACCGUUGUGGCUGGGCAGCAACUUGCCACUGGAGGCCUCGCAAGUGGAGUUGAAGCCCAAGACUGAGGUGACCCUCACUGCAGACGUGAAGUCUGCACGAGUGUGGGCUCGCAGCAGUUGCUCGGAGGAACAGAUCUUGCCCGACUGCUGGAAGGAUUUGAACGUGGACCCCAUGUGCGGUGCUGGCACCUUCUACUACUGUCAGGACGACGCCACGGAUGCGCCGGGCACCUGCCGAGAACACGCCAAAGGACCCAUCCCCAAGGAGUCUUGCCUCCGGCAGUGCGUCAUCACCCAGUUUUUCGAGGAGAAGAGCUUUCUCGCGGCCCUGCAACCCAAGAACACCCCACUCGAGGAUCUGAAGGUUCAGCAAUUCCAAUGCAACACUGGCGACUGUGUUCAGGCAGACAACAAGGAGUCUGAGAAGGUUUGCUCACAAACCUCGGAGUUGCGAACACCUGCCACCAUGGCCCAGUUCACCUUUGACGAGACCGCAGAUCGUUAUGACGUCUCUGUGGAAGACGGCUUCAAUGUGAACAUGACCGUGGAACCCACGGCCAAGAGCUGCAAGUCUAGUAGCUGCCAGAUGGACCCCUGGUGGGACUGUCAGUCCGAGUUCGUGGACUUGGAUCACGCGAGUGGCCAGUCCUUCUGCUGGUCCAUCAAAACAGCCUUGACAUCUCCAGAAGUGCUUCACAGGUAUUCCUUCAUGGAGAAGUGGACCGCGCCCGGCACCAACCCUGCUGCAGCCAGGUGCCUGGUGGAGGGCCACGAACAUUGGUGUCACAAUCUCUUCACAUGCACCGACGAGGCCAAGUGUGACUGCAGCAGCCAAGAAGCGUUGAACUCCCGCGCCGAUGGCACGAACGGGGAGCUUUGCUGCUCCCCACGUUUGGGUGCCUAUGAGAACAGCAAGUUGUGGCCACAGGGCCCUCCCUUCGCCCAGAUGUGUAACGUCACGAAUUGGCCGACCUCUCCCUUGGAUAAAGCCACCUACAUCGCCAAGUAUCAGAAGGUUUGCCCUGAUGCCAAGACGUGGCAUUUCCAGGAGGAUGCAGUGAAGAGCUGCAAGGCCGAGCUCAAGUCAGACUACACGGUGACCUUUUGCGGGUGA